CGGCAAUCGAGGACAUCGAUUGCAAUUGCGUGUGGCCCAGCGCAGCGGCGGUGGCACCCAUUGCCAAGCUCUCGUAGCGGCAGUCAUCCGAUACAUAGCGCUCGCGCGCGGGCAGCGGCCGCGGGGCUGCCCCCACAGCCAAAGCUGAAACAGCCAGCAUGCCCAUCAGCCCCUCGCUGCUCAACCGGCCCGGCCGCGUCGGCGUGGGCAACGCGAAAAGAUCAUCAGGAGAGGAGAAGGAUGGCCGAGGCGCGGCGAGCCCGACCCAUUCGAUGAAGAAGCUCGGCAAGUCGAGCUCCGAGGCUUUGAUUUCGAUAGCGAACUUCACGCACGACCAGUUGCGGGGAAGGGCCGGCCACGUCUCUCCGGUCGGACGGCCGCCGAAGAUCCCCCAGGAAGAAAAGAUCCGACCGACGCGCGCCGACAACUCCGCGAGAUUAUUACAUGCGCCGCACGGCCUGCCGAACCCCUGGAAUUCUAAACCCAAAUCCCCGUCCUACCAGACGUAUGUGGACCACCGCAAGGAGGACUCCGAGGACAAGUUACAUAAUGAUCAUACGACGUGCCACGUCAUGGACCCCUACGCGAAGUGGAGAAUUCGGUGGAACAUCUUCGUCCUUAUUUUGAUUAUCUAUGUCAUUAUUGUGGUCCCCUUCGAGAUCGCGUUCUCGGUCGACACGACGGGCAUGCAGGUCGUGAACUAUUUGGUCGACGUCUUCUUCGCGUUCGACAUAUGCCUGGAGUUCAACACGGCCUUCCAGAACGAGGACACGGGGGAGUGGAUCUUGGACCGGAAGAAGAUCGCGUCCCAAUACUUGCAGUUUUGGUUCUGGGUGGACAUUUGUUCGAUCUUCCCCUUCGCGCUGUUUUUGAGCAAAGAAGGGAAGUGGAUGCGAGUUGUGAGGGCGUUCAAGGGCCUGAAAUUACUUAGGGUUAUUCGGUCGUUUCGCAUGCUCUCGCACAUGGCGAAGCACGUCGCCGUCUCCACGAAGCGGCUGGUGCUAGCGAGGUACGUCCUCUUGCUCUUAUUCUGCAUCCACUGGGCCGCCUGCUUCCUGCGGCUGGGCCACGCGGCCUACGGGAGCUCGCAGACGACGGUGUUGAGUGAGGACCGCAUGGGCCAGCUCGAUAGCAGCGUACCUCGGGGGAGGCGGAUCUGGGGCGAAUAUAUACUAUGCUGCUUGUGGGCCUUCGCGACGAUGAACGGUGAAUAUAACGUCUAUACGGACGUCGAGUAUAUUCUAUCCUUAGCAUUGAUGCUCAUCGGGUGCUUCGCUCUAGCCUUCUUGGUGGGAGAGCUGACGAACACGGUGUCGAACUUGGAUCCAGUGACGAACGACUUCCGGAUGCGGUUAGACAAUCUCAACGACUACAUGGAGAAGGGCAACUUCCCCGAGAAGUUGCGGAGCAAGCUAAGGGAGUACAUCAUGGAGAGCGAGGAGAUCUUCCGGGACAACUACUACAAGGGCGUCAUCGAGGAAUUGUCCCCGUCGUUGCAGGCGUUCGUGGCCAAUCAAAACUUUGGAGAUGUAGUUUCAAGAAUCCCCUUCGUCGCGUACACGGUGCAAGCGGCCUGCGGCGUUCGCGUAGGAACGGUCGUCACCGUACAUGCGCCGAACUGGAAGCCGGACGUGCACGACGUCAUGGUCGGCGGCGACGAGCGCACCACCAAAAGGAGACGAAAAAAGGCCGCUCGAACUCGAUUAGCGAGAGUCGUCGCCAUCCCGCGCUACCUGUACUACGACGUCAUGUACGAGGACGGCGAGGAGCCGCAGCGCGAGUACGAGGUGGACAACGCGCGCGUGGCGCGGGUCUGUGGGAACACGUCCGGUAAGGCCGCCGGGACCAUGGAUAGGAAUUUCUUGUUGCAUUACGAGUACGCGGAGUUCACCGUGCAAAUCGCCAAGCUCUUACAUUCGACCUUACACCUCGCCAAAGAUACGAUCAUCCACCGCUACCUGUCGAUGAACGACGCGCUGUACGUUAUUCGGAGUGGUCAGGUUAGGUUGAGUGGAAGGAAGUCGCAUCUACUCUAUGAUGUGGAAAAUAGGCACACGAACGACUUCUUCGGGGACGACAUCAGCAUGGUCGUGGCGACGGGCGAGGAGUUCAAGCCGUUAUUGCGACACUACACGGCGCGGGCCGUCCGCGUGACGCACUUGUUGCGACUCGACGCGGAGGAGCUGCACACGAUUCUCCAGAAGCCGUCCUUUAGGGUAUUCAGCCACCACAUCCACAAUUAUGGGAGGUGGAUGCGGCUGAAGGUGGCCCUCAUCAUGAGUAUCAGGAAGCGGCUCACCAAAGAAGCGCUGGGCGAGUCGGGCAAGCCGCCGGUGAUUGUGGAGGAGACCGCGGAGGCGCCCGAGGAGACGGCGUCCGCCUUCGGCGACUCGUCGAGCGACGAGGGCGGCGCGCUGCGCCGCCAGGCGGCGUUUGUGGUCGAGCGGCUCGCCGGCGUUCUGGCGCGGCCGACCUCAUUAUCCGCGGACGCGGCCGCGAAGCUCGAGGCGCUCGCGGCCGCGCUCGCGGGCUCGCCGCCGCCGCCGCCGCGCGCUUCUCCGCCGCGGCGCCAGCACACGGACCCCUUCGCGCCGUCGACGCUGCCGCCGGCCCAGGCGCUCGGCGCGACGCCGCCGAUGGGGCGGCCCUCGAGCGGGUCGACGUCCCUCGAGGACGAAUGAAAUUCACCCACUAUUUUAAGUAUUCGCUA